AUGCACUGGACACCGGAACACGCCCAGCCCCUCAACCAGUGGCCAGAGCAGCACCUGGACGUCUCCUCCACCACCCCGUCGCCGGCUCACAAGUUGGAGUUGCCCCCCGGGGGUCGCCAGCGCUGCCACUAUGCUUGGGCACACGACGACAUCUCUGCCCUCACUGCCUCCAACCUCCUCAAGCGCUACGCAGAGAAGUACUCGGGGGUCCUGGACUCGCCUUACGAGCGCCCCACCCUGGGCGGCUACGGCGACGCCGCCUUCCUCAACGGCGCCAAGGGGGACCCCGAGCCCUGGCCGGGGCCGGAGACCCCCUACCCCUUGGCCUCGCUCCACGAGGGCCUCCCGGGAACCAAGUCGGGCACUGGGGGCGGCUCCGGGGGCCUCGGGGGUUCCCCGGUUUUAGCCGGUAACCUACCUGAACCCCUCUACGCCGGCAACGCGUGCGGGGGCCCGUCAGCAGCGCCCGAGUACGCGGCGGGCUACGGCGGGGGGUACCUGGCGCCCGGUUACUGUACGCAGACCGGCGCCGCGCUGCCCCCGCCUCCCCCGGCCGCGCUCCUGCAGCCCCCGCCCCCGCCGGGCUACGGCCCCUCUGGGUCUCUGUACAACUACCCAGCGGGAGGCUACGCCGCGCAGCCGGGCUACGGGACCCUCCCGCCGCCGCCCGCCCCGCCCCCGGCCCCCUACCUAACCUCGGGCUUGGCGGCGCCCACGCCCCUGCCCACAGCCGCCCCGUCCCGGCCACCGCCCUCCUCCUACGGCUUCCAGGGGGCCUCGGAGGCAGGAGUGUCGCUGAAGCGCAAGGCGGCCGACGAAGGCGCCGAGGGCCGCUACCGCAAAUACGCCUUCGAGCCCGCCAAGGCCCCGGCGGCCGACGGCGCCUCCUACCCCGCCGCGGACAAUGGCGAGUGUCGGGGCAACGGGUUCCGGGCGAAGCCGCCGGGAGCGGCGGAGGAGGCAUCAGGCAAGUACGGUGGCGGCGUCCCCCUCAAGGUCCUGGGCUCCCCCGUCUACGGCCCGCAACUCGAGCCCUUUGAGAAGUUUCCGGAGCGAUCCCCGGCGCCGGCUCCCCGCGGGGCCUUCGCGGUGCCGUCCGGGGAGCCUCCCAAAGGUGUGGACCCGGGGGCCCUGGAGCUGGUGACCAGCAAGAUGGUGGACUGCGGGCCGCCGGUGCAGUGGGCGGACGUAGCGGGCCAGGGCGCGCUCAAGGCGGCGCUGGAGGAGGAGCUGGUGUGGCCCCUGCUGAGGCCGCCCGCCUACCCCGGCAGCCCGCGCCCGCCGCGGACCGUGCUGCUCUUUGGGCCGCGGGGCGCCGGCAAAGCACUGCUGGGCCGCUGCCUCGCCACGCAGCUGGGCGCCACGCUGCUGCGCCUGCGCGGAGCCACGCUGGCCGCGCCGGGCUCCGCCGAGGGCACGCGCCUCCUCCAGGCCGCCUUCGCGGCUGCGCGCUGCCGCCCGCCCGCGGUGCUUCUUAUCAGCGAGCUGGAAGCGCUGCUGUCGGCUCGGGAGGACGGCACGAGCGCCGCGGGCGCGCUGCAGGCGCCGCUCCUGGCCUGCCUGGACGGCGGCUGCGGUGCGGGAGCCGACGGCGUGCUGGUCGUGGGCACCACCUCGCGGCCCGCGGCCCUGGACGAGGCGACUCGCCGGCGUUUCGCUCUCCGCUUCUACGUGACGCUGCCCGACGGCCCGGCCCGCGGGCAGAUCCUGCAGCGGGCGCUGGCCCAGCAGGGCUGCGCGCUGAGCGAGCGGGAGCUGGCGGCCCUGGUGCAGGGCACCCAGGGCUUCUCCGGGGGCGAGUUGGGGCAGCUGUGCCAGCAGGCGGCGGCCGGGGCGGGCCUCCCGGGGCUGCAGCGCCCCCUCUCCUACAAGGACUUGGAGGCGGCGCUGGCCAAGGUAGGCCCUAGGGCCUCGCCCAAGGAGCUGGACUCGUUCGUGGAGUGGGACAAAAUGUACGGCUUCGGACACUGA